AUGGCUGACUCAUCCGAUGAAGAUAAAGACUCGCGGACAGCUUUGGUGGGCGCGUCGUCGCGUACCAAAGCAAACCCACGGUCCACGCGCUCCGCAUCGCACGAUAGCACUUCCCGCCCGGCUAAGAGACAACGGAAGAACAAGACCAGAAAGGAUUCGGGCCUUGGCGACAUAGUUCCCCGGGGAGGCUCCUUCAGCGAGAACACAUUGGCAGUUGAUCCCGAUAGUACAUCGAGUUCGGGCAGUUCAGACUCAAGUGACGCCGAUUCCACCUCUGAUUCCGAUUCCGAGUCUGAGCGCGAUACCGAUGCACGCAACCCUAGCGCAAACCCACACGAAGGCAACACCACGCCUGCAAUUAGCUGGAACCAGGGCCAGAAGGCGGCUGUGCGGACCUCGCUAGGAAAGCGAUCAGCGCCAAACGAGAAGUCUAUCCAAUUCACAGCUGUGAAUGACAAAUACUGGCGCAGUCGCAGUGAUUCAGUCUCAUCGGCCAGUGAUGGCGCAGAAGGACCGGAGACAAAGAAGGCCAGGGGAAGUACUGAAUCUGCAGAGGAAGAUGGGCUUGAGGAGGGCGAAGUUGAUUCAAAGAGUGAAUCGGAUGACACUUCUCUCGACUCGGAGGCCGAUGAUUCCAUCUUACUGAAUAUUGGCGAAAAGGCGAAUGGAGUGGGAGGCCCCCAUGAUUAUGACCCCGCUACUUUGGCUCACCAGCAUGGGUCUAACACGACAACCACAAUGAGCGGUGGAUCUUCGCAUGGGAAGGAGGAAGCCUUCCGACAAUUCGCUCGCAAAUACCCAACUGCGCCUACUUCCUUGAUAGAUCUAAGCCAGCAAGAUCUCGAAAUUCAGGCCAAGAUCAUCCAUUUCAGCACAGACAUUCACGAUCUGGACCUCAGGCUACCUGUAUCCUGCAUCGAAUGCCAACGGGAGGGUCAUUUGGCCGACGUCUGUCCCUCCAAAGAGUGCAUACAUUGCGGCUCAUGGGACCAACACCAAAGUAGCACCUGUCCCGGCUGGCGGCGAUGCCAAAGAUGUCGCGAGCGAGGCCAUGAUGAGCCCCAAUGCGAGUCAAAAUUACGCAGCUCCGCAUCUGAAGCCCCUUGUGAUUAUUGUGGCCAGGAUCACUUGGAGUCCCAGUGUGAUCACCUAUGGAAAUUCCCAUCCCGAGAAACCCAUUCCCAACAAACCACUGUGUCCAUCUGUUGUGCCAAUUGUUGCAGCAUGAAGCAUCUGAUUGGGGAUUGCGAAACCAGAAGUUCACGUACAAAAUUCACAUCAUCUUCAUUUAGCCUGACAGGCAUCGACCCUGAAACGAUCACGAACACCAACUCCGUCGGCGCUCGUCGAAAUGCACCACCAGGUCGACCCGGAGCUCGUGCACGACGUGAUUGGUCCCCACCCUCCUCCGACGAUGGUGAUAUGAUUUCCCGUGUCUCCCGUGGCCGAGGCCGCCCCGUACCCGCUCCUCGUGGCAACAAUCGUGGAAACAUCCAGUUCGCAAACGGCCCUGGAGGUAGUCGAUAUCGGGGCCCUUCUGGCCCUUCUCGUGGCCCUUCUGGCCCUUCUCGUGGCCGGCCCCCAUUCCCUGGAAAUGGAGGCCAUCGCUCUGACCCACCACUCCCGCGGGGUCCUCCUCCUCUUCGUGGUGGCGGACGUGGUCGUGGUCGUGGACCCUCUCGAGGAGGUCCCUCGCGCGGGCCGCGGGGUGGCGGUCGUGGUCGGGCUCACUAA